GUCCUGAGAACAAGUCGACCUUGCUCGUCCUGUCGCGACUGGCUUCAGCCAUGACAGCCUUACGAUCAUCACUGAAACGGCGCAUUGCUCUGAAUGCGACAAUUCUUCUCUGCAUCUUCACAUUGAUCUACUUUCGCUCGGACGAUACACUCCCGGUCAUUACAAAGGAGCACAAAACUCAAAUUAGCACUUCGGUAAAGGAAGACUUGCAGCUCAAAGAUGUAGCAUUCAUCCUGCGUACAGGAUGGGAGGUCCGCGAUCGUCUCACUGGCCCCAUGGAUACAUGGCUUCGGGGUCUGGACAAAGACCAAGUUAUGAUUUUCUCCGACACCGACUCUACCCUCAAAGGAUAUCAGCUGCAUGAUUUCGUCAAGCUCGUCCCAUUCUUCCAAAAGGAGGCCGACAAGAAUUCUCCGCAUUUCAAGUACUACCAGUCCCUGCGUCAAGCUGAUAUUCGACCAGAUUCUCCCGGCCUGGAGCCUUCCACCCGCAAUGAUGGUUGGCAACUUGAUGUGAUAAAACAAGUUGCAAGCGCCUACCUGGGGUACAAAAUGAUGAAGGAGAAAAGGGAUUUCAAGUAUUACGUUUUGGCCGAUGAUGACACCUACAUCCACAUGCCCUCGCUUCUGCAUGUUCUCAACAAAGCCGAUCCGGACGACCCAGUUUUGAUUGGUCGAUAUUGGGGCACAAGUACAAGCGAAAGCUUUAUGCUCGGAGGUGCUGGCAUGUCCUUCUCACGUUCGGCUUUAGCUCACAUGUUUGACUAUGCACCGGAUCUCGCCGAUGAGAUGUUGCGAACGAGCUUGGAAGCACCUAUUGGAGAUGGACAUCUUUCCAAAUAUGUUAUCCAAGCAGGUGGCAGACUGGUUGAGGAGCUGUCAUCGGCAUUCUAUCACGAACGACUCGAGAUGCGAUUUAACGACAAAGAUCGAUGGUGUGCACCUUUAGCUACCAUCCAUCAUCAGACGCCGGCGACCAUGAGGAAGACGCACGCAAAGCUCAUGGGAUUGAAUUCCACAGGCCCAGUAUACCAAAGGCAAGUCAUGGAGAAGCAUAAGUUCGUCCUCGAUGGAACAAUGUGGCUCGGUAGUGGCAGGAGCUAUGUCCAGUGCCUUGAGACUCCUGCGUUUCAUCAACCUUGCCAGUUUUUCCAAUUGAACGAUAUGGCUGAUGCAACACAGAAUGUUCGGACGUGUCAGAACUUUUGCUUGUCUGGUGAGAUAAUGCCAAACUGUGCAGCGUGGGUGUAUCGUCCCCAAGACAGGCUUUGUGCUCUCAAUAUCGGAUUUCGAACGAUGGACAUCCGAGCAAACGGAUAUGACUUGGUUGGCUGGGCGGGUGUCAAUAACCAGACACUUGCAAACUGGGAAAAGCAGUGCCCAGACACCAUCUGGCGCGCGGAUGCACGGUUGCCGGCGCGCCCAUCAGGGCUUCGAGCCAACUUUGCUGACUUGGUUGGAGGGAAGUAG